AUGACAACAGCAAUUGCCAAGUUUGCUCACUUACAAAUCCCACUUGAAGACGUAGUAAAGGCCACCGACAACUUUGCUGAUGAUAACAUCAUCGGACGCGGUGGAUUGGGACGUGUAUACAAAGGACAACUCCAGCGGUCCGGGGAGUUGAUCAAGAUUUCUGCGCUGAGGUUAGAUCGUAAGCAUGGUGGAGGAGUCGUCGAGUUCUGGACCGAAGUUUCAAUGCUUUCAGAUCUCAAGCAUCCAAAUAUAGUCUCUAUUGUCGGAUUUUGUGAUGAACAACAUGAGAAGAUCAUUGUGACCACGUAUGAGGCCAAAAAUGGAAGUCUCAAGGAGCAUCUAAGCAACCCGAACCUCACAUGGACGCAAAGAUUGAAGAUAUCUGUAGACGUGGCUCGUGCGUUGAGUUACCUCCAUUAUAACGAGGGACGUGGCUAUGGUGUUAUACAUCUUAACAUCAAUAGCUCCACAAUUUUAUUAGACGAGAACUGGGAACCCAAGUUAUCCGGUUUUAAAGUUUCCAUCAAACAAUCGCUUAACCGAAUGAACCAGGUCAUCCUUUCUGAACCUAUUGGCACAAUAGGGUAUGUGGACCCGGAAAUUGAAAAGACCAAAGGUGUGACCUACAAGUCGGACAUCUACUCAUUCGGUGUCGUCUUAUUUGAAAUAUUGUGCGGGAGGAAAGCAUUUGUUCCGAAUGAUGCUAAUAGGCUACUAGCUCCAUUGGCCAUAUAUCACUAUGAAAAAAAAAUGCUAAAGGAGAUAAUCCAUCCUGCUCUAUGGAAUCAAAUGUCUCCGCAUUCACUCAAAAGAUACUCAAAAGUAGCAUAUUCUUGCAUAAAUGGGGAGCGAAGAAACCGUAUGGAUACAAACAAUAUUGUCAACGAACUUGAGGAUUUUCAACUUCAACAAGUUCAACGUUUAAAUCUUAUAGAGAACUUGAAACACUUGAAGAUUCACCUUAGUGGCAUAAAAUUGGCCACCGAUGAUUUUUCAGACACAUACAAAAUUGGCGUUACAGCAUACUGUAAUUUGUAUAGAGCAACUUUUGAUUUUGAAAAAACUUCUCCCAUAGAAGCGAUGAAUAAAGGUGAACCACUCAAGAGACACAACAUUGUGCUUAUAAAACGCAUACUUUCUAGAGACGAUGAGCAAGGAGAAGGAGUAUUUUUCACAGAACUUGAAAUGCUUACUAGUGUUAAGCAUCAUAACAUAAUCACUCUACUUGGAUUUUGUGUUGAAGGUUCGGAGAUGAUCCUUGUCACUGAGAAUGUUUCUAAUAGAUUCCUUGGUGAUCAUUUGGGAAACGUCAAUGACAUGCGUAUUUUGACGUGGGAAAAACGUUUGAAAAUUUGCAUUGAUGUUGCACACGCAUUGAACUACCUUCACUCAGAGAUGGAAGCCCAAAAGAUUGUAAUAAACCGUGAUAUAAAGAGUGACAACAUUGGGUUAGACGAGAAUUUGAGGGCAAAGAUUGUUGAGUUUGGGUUUUCUGUAUUCUUGCCUCCAAAUCAAAAAUGGCGAAGCUCUACAUCUCACAAACAUUGCUGGCUCAUAUUACUACAUAGAUCCCGAAUAUGA